AGAGAAACAGGCGUGAUUAUCGCUUCGAGGAUGUCCCUCCUCAGACGCCGUAGUCAAUGCAUGGCCAGCGCGGAUCAAGUUGAAGGUGAGAGGCAGCGUAAUGCCGGGGAUCUUCAGCAUGUUACAGACCACCGUCCUUGCUGCUACGGACGGGGAUCAGGAGCCGACACCGCUGAUAAACAGAGAUGAGUUGUCCCUGUACACGGUGCCUCGGCAGGCGGCUCAGUAUACGGAGCCUGAAGCGGGUGAGCUGGAGCAGAGCGUGGCUAACCUCAGGAAGUUAGUGGAGCCAUACACGGCUUGGUGUCAGGUCACCUACGACAAAGUUAAACCCGCACUUCAGACUGUCGUCGACCUGGGUCAUGACACCUACGCCUAUUCGAAGGGCCACCCCAAAGACUUCUAUCCCCGGGCGGUAGUGGUCGGCCUCGCGGGUGUCCUGGGACUCUAUCACGCCAGAGGCUCCACGAUUAAAAAGCUCAUCUACCCCACGGGCCUGAUGGCUUUGUGCGCUUCCCUGUACUACCCGAAGGAGGCUGCUGCCGUCGCCAAGUCCACGGGGGAGUGCGCGUACGACUGCGCUGUGCAGAGCUACGUCGCCGUGGAGAAGAUCCUAAAGCCCUGAAGAACACCCGGCUCAGGAAUUAAAGCCUGAUUAUCCCAGCGGGACUCAGCAAUAAAAAAUAACAGCAACUUCUUCCAGAUACUGUAGAUUGACGUGUGCUAUUCUGACCUGCCCAUUUUAUGCACUAAGCUUCACAUGUAACUCAGGCUGGGCAUGGUUGGCCACUUGCUUGAAUUUAUCUCUUGCCUCUGAUUUGAAUGUUUAUUAUGUAGACUGCAUUAAAGAUAACUUUUACAUAAACCUCUGAGACAAGCCUUUUUAAAGACUAUUCGAUUCUCACUACUCGUCAUUUUAAGUGUCAAAGCCAUACAAUUAAAAUUGAGAUUCAUACAUUAGUGGAUGUUAAACCUUUUAAAUCACCAAGACCUCAUAUGUUUUGAACAGCAGAUUCUGGCCAAACAUUUAGUAAUUUUCCUCUAUGUAGAAUUCCACACACUAAGUACCUACUUUGAAGUCUAAGAGACUCUGCAAUAUCAAUUUAAAGAGACAAACAAUCAAUAAAAAGCAUAUGUUUACACAUUUUAAAUAAAACCAAGAAGUGUAAUUCCCACAAGGUACACAAGUUGGACCAACACUUUGUGACUGUGUAAUGUCUUUUAUUCAUCUCAGCCAAAAAAAAAAAAAAAUACAAAAAUUAAA